CGCGUGUAUAUAUACAGCCCCCUACACCUCAUCCCUGCUCUGGACCGCUCUUUCAGCUUAAACCGCAAAGAGACACGGAUCGCUUCGUGAGAGACAGAGAGAGCUGCUCUCUCCACCUCACUCCCCUCAAUUUGUUCUCAAGCAGUGAGUGCGUCACUCGCUCGCUCCCUGCUGCCGGUGGUAUACGGCGCCGCCUUCUUUGUCCCGGCCCGGCACUGCGCUCGCGUGAGCGGAAAUAAAAGGGGAGCCUCGUCUCCAUCGAUCUGUUCAGCUUCGAGUUCGGUGAGCAAAGCGAAGAAGCGAGAGAGAGAGAGAGAGAGAUGGGCCGGCCUCCGUGCUGCGACAAGGACGGCGUGAAGAAAGGGCCAUGGACGCCCGAGGAGGACCUGGUGCUCGUCUCCUACAUCCAGGACCAUGGCCCCGGCAACUGGCGCUCCGUCCCUACCCGCACCGGGCUGAAGCGUUGUAGCAAGAGCUGCAGGCUGCGUUGGACGAACUACCUGCGUCCGGGGAUCAAGAGGGGAAACUUCACGGCGCAGGAGGAGAAGCUGAUCGUGCACCUGCAGGCGCUGCUGGGGAAUCGCUGGGCCGCCAUCGCCUCCUACCUCCCCGACCGCACCGACAACGACAUCAAGAACUACUGGAACACCCACCUCCGCCGCAAGCUCCAGCUCCAGGCCGACGGAGUCUCCCCGUCUUCCUCCAAGCCGGCCACCGCCGCGAACAAGUCUUCUUCCUCGGCGGCGGCGUCGACCAAGGGCCAGUGGGAGCGCCGGCUCCAGACGGACAUCGGCCUCGCCCGCCGCGCGCUCCGCGAGGCCCUCACCGCGAUCCGCGACGGGGAUGAAGAAGAAGACGACGACAUCAAGCCCCAGGCGGCUUCUGGGGAGAGCCCCGCGGCUUCGAGCUCCUCUGGCGCGUCCAUGUCGAUCUCGAUGUCGCAGCCGACGCCGUACGUGCUCACCGCGGACAACGUCGCCAGGAUGCUCGACGGAUGGUCCAAGAGCAGCAAAGGCCGCGCGGCUGCGGCGGACAGCCCGCCGUCGUCCGGCUCGUCGGCGUCCGAGCUCUCCUGCGGUGGGGCCGCCGCUUCCGAGUGCGUGAGGAAGCCGGCGGUGUCGGCGCCGGCGCCGGAGCAGCCGUCGGAGCUGAGCGCGAUCGAGACGUGGCUGUUCGCGGACGACGUCAGCAACGCCGUCGGCUUCCUCGGCCACGGCCAUGGCUACGGCGGCGGCUUGCUCGACGGCCCCAACCCCGGCCUGCUUGGCGGCGGCUUGCUUGACGGCCGUUUCUAGCUAGCUAGCGGGUGCCAAGGGUUAAAGAUCGAUGUUACUGAAGUGAGGACUGAGGAGGGUGUUUAGCUGUUUGAUCUUACUGCCUAAGGAAAACUACAUAGAUCCUGAAGUAUCUUGGGGGUAAUUAAGCGAGUUAGCCCCCUUGAUCUCUUGUUUACUCAGGAUCUGGGUAGUUUUCAUUUAGGGGUAAGAAGGGAGAUUGGAGUAGUAUGAAUGUGGACUUUAAUAUGUUUAAUAUGGACCUGUGGUUUUGUCCUGCGUAUAUUGCGUAGAUCGAACUGCUUUUGCAAAAGCUGCAAUGUAAGGGAGAAUAAAUUUGGAAAUCCAUCUGGCCGUGUUGUGAUA